AUGUCGAUUCAAGCAUUGGGCUCACUCCGAGAGCUAUCACUCCAGUGGCAAGAUCCAGUGAAGAUGCUCUUGGGCUUUGCCAAGAACUUGUCCUUCGACUUGCACAUCAUCCGGGGCAAGACCAAUAUGGUAAGGAGAGUUGCCUGCGACAAAGACCGGCUGCAAAUCACUCAGGCAACAUCAGAAGAUCUUACCAAAUGGCAAUAUGGGCCCAACUCCUUUGUGGAUGCACCCGUGAAAGUCCUGUGGACGAGAGACCUUGGGAACCACAAUGACUUCGACCCCUCUACAAACUACAAGGUUGUUUUCCUUGCUUUCGACAAAAAGCUGAAAGAGCUCUCGGGCUGCUACAAGUGCUACAAGUACAUCGGGCAGUACCACGAAAGCCCUUACUUGCUGGAAGCGCUCUAA